CCAAAACCACAGAGAAAAAAAUCUCUGAAUCUAUUGUGAAGUGUGUGGCGUGUGCGGGGUAAUUUUUCUUAAUUUUAAACGUGUAAAUUGUCCCAAAAAUCAUUGAAAAACAAAUCAAAUUUAUUGAAAAUUAAUGUAGCAUCAAUUAGAAAGUUGAAAGCGUACACAAAAGAAGUGAGUGGAGAAGGAAACAGAAAAAAAGAAAAGAAAAACCGACAAAAAAUGGCCGAUCUCGAUGCCGUCAAUCUCGGCCUCGACGAAAAUGAAGCCGACAUAGCCGAGGAACUUCAAGAUUUUGAGGAUUCAUUUGAUACACGGAGUGAAGCGUCUGCAGCCAGCUCAAGCAGUUCGGCAUCUCAGCCCAGUAUAAGUUCAGUGAGCACUGCCGAUUCGUCUGUAGGUGGACCGAAAAGCAGGCGUGGUACCGGAGCCGGAGCAGGAGGUAGAGGAGGAGGCGCACGUAGUAAAGGUGGUAAUGCAAAAGUUGGCGUCCGUCAGAAACGCGAACGUUCCAAAGGCAAGUCAUCGUCAGCAGCUUCCAAUCCGAAGGCUAAAAAACUUAAAACGAGCGAAACUGCAGCAGCAGCAGCAGUCAAGUCUAAAGAACAGUCGGACAAGAAGACAGCAACGAUUGAGAAGAAAACUAGUAUCACCCUGAAGAAGCCAAAAAUCGAACCGGCUAGCAGCGACAGCGACAGUGACCACCAUGACAAACUGGACAAGCGGAAUGGACGCAAAGCACCAAGCAAGAGCAAGAGUAAGAGCAAGAGUCGCUCUCGGAGUGCCAGUAAAAGCAAGAGUCGCAGUCGUUCCGGUAGUCCGUCGGCUAGUAGUGACAGUGACACUGGCAAACGCAGGAAACGAAGCACUAGCAAUGCGAAUAACACGAGUGGCAGCAGUGCCGGCGACGGCAAGCCAGCCAAGACAUCAUCCAAGUCCUACGACUACAUGACGAAACUGAAUUAUCUUUUCAGGGACACGAGAUUCUUUUUGAUAAAAUCAAAUAAUGCUGACAACGUAACUCUGUCCAAGUCGAAGAACGUUUGGUCCACACUGCCGCAGAAUGAAGCGAAUUUGAAUCAGGCAUUCAAGGAGUCGCGCAAUGUUUUGUUGAUAUUCUCUGUAAAUGAGAGUGGAAAAUUUGCUGGUUUUGCUCGUAUGAGCGGUCAAUCUCGUCGUGAUAUCCCCCAAGUGGCUUGGGUUCUGCCACCCAGCAUUUCUGUUAAAGCUCUUGGUGGUGUCUUUGAAUUAGAUUGGAUAUGUCGCAAAGAAUUGUCGUUCACAUGUACAGCGCAUUUGUACAACAUUUGGAAUGAUGGAAAACCCGUGAAAAUCGGACGAGAUGGUCAGGAAAUCGAACCAAAAGUUGGAGCAGAAUUGUGUCGACUCUUUCCCGAAGAUGAAAAUAUUGAGAUGACUCCAAUAUUGCGUAAGUCUAAGGAGAUGGCUAAAACAAUGCGCGAAAAAGGUAUCCGAAUGCAGUACAAGCCACCAACGCGCGGUCUUUCGUCGAUGCGUGGUGGUGGCCGUGGCAAUCAUUCGAAUAGCUACGGUGGUGGUGGUCCAAUGCGUGGAAAGCGACCGAACAUCUCGAGUGGCCCUCGUCACCAUAAUAAAAUGAGUGGUGGCGUUCUCCCCUCGGGUGGCGGAAGCUUUAAACGCUCAUCGUCGCCGUACAACCGCUCAGAUCGUGUGCCUCCAUGGGAGAGGUACAUGACAUCUGCUGCCGCAGCGGAAGCAUACGUCGCUGAUUAUAUGCGCACCAUGCACGGUCAAUUGCCACCGUUGCCUUUUGUUCCUCCAUUUUCGAAUAUGAUGCCCGGUGCACCCGCUAUGCCCGCAUCACUACCACCACCCAAUAUGCCGCCACCCAUGUACGAGCAGACACCGCCGCCAGUGCGAUACUACGAUGGUCCUCCGCUGCCGGACUAUCCACCGCCGCAGCAAGCUCGUCCUCCCCCACCGGGGGGCUACGAGAAACACUCGCCCUACGACGAAUCCGUUCCCAUGUGGAAGGGUGGAGUCGGAGAGCGAAACAGCAUGCCCAUGGGCGUUUCCCCCUCAGUUCAUCCCUUCUCGAUGGGUUCCAGCGGAAUGCAGUUCCCCGGCGUCAAUCACAAAAACAACAGUAGCAACGGCAACGGUCCUCCACCCAUGCCACCCAACUAUCGUAAUCGCGAAUUCACAAACAGAAACCGCGAACGCGGCGGCCGCGAUUACCACCGCGGUGGCGGCGGCGGUGGACGUGGAAGCGAUCGGGAUCGCCAAUUCCGUGAUCGUAAUAAUCGCAGUAGCUAUAGAGAACGUCGUUAACUGCCCUAACUGUUGACAAUGGCCUCCAACCAUCGACAGUGUCGUCCCUUUUUACAAAUUUUUUGUUUCAUUUCAGCUAAUUCAGUAGUUGUAAACGAAAACAAAACCUAAAAUUAUAAAUAAUGUGUGUGCGUACCGAUCUUCAGUACUAAAGUGGUUAAUAACAAACUACUCUCCCAACAUUUUUUUUUUGUUACAAAUUUACCAAUUUAAAAAUUUUAAAAUUUAAAAUUUUUAUUCUACUAAACGAUGCAGUGACCAUGCUUCAUCUUAUACCUAUACCUACCUAAUUAAUUAUUCAAAACUUUUAAAAUGUAGUUUGACCAUAAUCAUAGUGACAAAAGAGCAAGCAAGCGAAAAAAUAAUGUAAUCCUUUAUUAAAAAUACAUAAAAAAAAACUUAUUUAAAAUAUAUAAGAUUAUUAAAAUAAUUAAACAAAAAAAAAUAUUAAAAAUAUAAAAAAAAAUACAUGAACUUUGUUCUUUUGUAAAUCGAUGUGUUGUGGAGAGAGAAGAAAGAGAAGAAGAUGAAGAAAAGAAGAGAGUCGAUUUAUUGAGGGGGUUGAAAAAUUUGGACUGACGGACUUUUCUCUAGAUCCCAUAUUGAACUUCAAGUUCUGUGUUUUUUUGAUUUAAAAAAAAAUCCUAGUGCUCCAAAAAAUGUGAUUAUAUUUUAAAUUGAAAAAAGAAGAUAAAUUCAAAAGUGAAAGUGAUAAAAAGGAGAUGAAGAGAAAAAUAAUAUUUCUAUAUUCAAUUCCCUCUCUGGACAAUAUACAAAUGGACAGUUUACUCUCUCUUAAAAGUGUGUUAUUAACCCAACAACAACAAAAAAAGAACAUUCCCUUAAAAAAAAUAACAAAAAUAGUUUCUCUUUCAAAAUUUGUUGACUGUGGAUUCAAGCUCUUAACUUAUUUCAUUUAUCAUCAAGAGCUUUUGAGUCUACUCUCUUUGUUUGUUGUUUUUUUUUGAUAAUCUCUUUUUUUAUAAUUAAUUGUUCUAUUCUUUCAGACCUGACCAGCAAUGGCAGCUUAAACAAAAAAGAAAAAAGAAAACAUAAACAAUUGUUUGCUUCACUGCUUUUUAUGUGCGGUGGAGACUUAUUUACAUACUUGUAUUUAAUGUGCGCUCAUUCAAGCUUACACCUCUCAUAUAUUUAUGUUUAUAAAUGUUGUAGAUACAAAACUUUUCUAACAGUUCCUUAAUUUUUGUAUGGUGUUCAAGCAAAGUGAGUUGGAGAGCAGCAAAAUGCCAAAAGCCAAAAGAAAACACACUGACAGAUGAGUCUCUUUUUUUU